GUCGUCUCUUGGAAGAGCUGCUCCUAGCCCAGCUGAUGGUGCAACUUAAUGGCAGUAAAGAAACGAGCCUGACCUCAGACCUGCAGGGUGUAGUUUCUGCUGAUGGAAUUUUGUUUGAGUUCCAUAAAUUAUACGAAUUUGGCACAGCCAUCUCGCCCUCAGCCAAGCUCAGGACGGUUUAUUUGCUUUGCUAGAAUAGCAGUAAGCUGUAGCAGUUCAUCACGGUCACACUAGCAGGGAAGCAUGGAGAAGCUGAGUGACGCAAAAGAUCAGCCAGCAGUCCACUGUGCCACUGCAAGAGGAGCCAUGGCCCAGGUGAUACUCUCCUUUAAGUCACUUGGUUCCCAGAUGAGUUUCCAGGUUAUCUGGGUGCCUGAAGCACAGAGCAGUUGCAUAAGGGCUGCGGUUGGCGGGGAGCAGCUGGUGCUGCCCAGGGAUGCAUGGUGCCUGACCCAUGGGCUGAGCUGGCAGGUGGCAAACAGGAGCUGCAGGUGGCGAGUCGGAGCUGUGUCUGCCAUGGGACUAGGCGAGGAGGAGGAGGAGGAGGAAGGCUGCCUCCCUGCAGAGCCUCCCAUACAGAGCUUGCACCUCUCGAGCGCUUUAGCCAGGUAAAGUAUGCUGGGGUGGGGUGCUGGAGGGUAUGGCUGACUUGUUUUGCAUUUUUUAAAGUUGACAGAGGGAGAACCGGUGUUAGAAUUGCAAGUGGUGCUCUGAGGCCUCUGUAGCCUGUGGGGUUUGAAAUGAAACCAUGCAACAUAAAAAUGUUUGUGGGUCCGUUGUAGCGAGGGAUACGUUCAUCACAGACACACCCUGGGGAGACUCUCCAUCACAGCAGCUCCUCCCACCUCUCCCAACAGCUUUUUUUACUUCCCAGACACAGUCAGGCUCAAGAAGUCAGCUAGGCCGACCACCUCCUGCAGUAUUCCAAAGGUCCGUCUGUGUGAAGCUCAGGGUCUUUCCUCUGUGCCCAACUGCUCUCCAGUUUCUGCUUGCAGGAGCUUGUGGAUGGCUGCCUUAGAUUAGGUGCUGGUUUCAGAUUUAUUGAUGCCCACUUGAGCCCUUGAUAUUUUUAAGCUGGUGUAGCAGGCCUUCCACUCCUGCUUGCUCCCCAGUGAAAGCUGGUGCAUCUCAGGCCCUUGGCGUGCAGCCGUACUGCCCCGAGCCAGCCAGCUCGCUUCAGCUGCUCUCCUGUCCCUGGCAUUUACAUGGCCUCAGACCAGAAAAGGCUUUUGUGGGUCGUGAAAGUAAGCCGACAAGUAGCAACAGAUGGUAACGUUAUCAGUUUUACAGUCAUGUCUGCACCUGGUCACUGCAGUGUUAGUGAUUUUCAAAGGAGAAAUGCAUCUGGAAAGGUGACUGAGGGGCAUGUUCAUUCCUGACCGCUCUCCCACCGUCAGACCGACCUCCUCAAAAGUGAAAAUCAUUCAGAUCCACUUAUUUACCACUUAAAUGCAGUAGUCCACAGAUUGGGCUUCUGCUUUUCCUUAUAUCCUGGUGCAUGGUGGGCUGCUGGGGCACAUGGAGCCUUUCCUGGGAAGCCGAGGGGUCAGGCCCUGCUCCCAGGAGUCUCUCUGGCCCACAGUUUUGCUUGGGGCAUGCAGGGGCAAUAGGUCAGUGUCCUAAUGACUAUACAAAGAGCCCUUCUCUUCUCGGGAGCGGGCUGUGAGCUGUGCUAGCUGUGCCGAAUUCCCCCUCUGGAAAUCAGCCCAUCCUCCCUGUGGCAUCAAUUGGCCACGGACAGCCUCAGCCUCCUCUUGGGGGACCUCCUGCUGCUGUUCUGGGAUGGAUCAGAGCCAUGCAUGGGCCCUGUUGAUCUCAGCACUCUUCUGCUUUUCCUCCUGAAGCAUGUGAUGCCCUUAAUGAGGUGGAGCAUGCAAUUAUCUGUUGCCAGGAGAGAGGAGGGAGGUCGUGCUGGGAGUGGAGCUGUUUAAUCAGAGCUGGAUGUGCUCUGAAAAGUCACUCUGGGGGAGGAGCAGUGCUCUCUGGUGUUUGACCUUUGAGGACUUCCUCAAAUUCUUCUCUCCCACCAUGAGGGCUUGAAGCACCCCACGAGCAGCUCCAAACACGAGGCCCUCAUGUAAUCGCAGUCAGCAUUGGGGGUGUAAGAAAAUCAGCCUUAAUUAAAUAACGAGACUUGGAGUAUCUGUAUGAUACUGGUGCAUUUGUAAGAGGCUGAUGGAUGGGGUAAACCACUUAAGUUGAAGUGACAAAGCCCCAUAGCCUCACUCAGGGAAGCAGGAGCUGCCCGGCAUCCCAGUGCCAGGAAGGGCCCCUCAAACCAUCCCCUUUUGUAUUCCCAAAGGAAUUCGGGUUGUUGGGAUUUUAACAAGUCAGCAGUUGGCAUGUGCUGUAUGUGCCCCCUCCAGGGCAGCCUGUCUGUCUGUGUCUGUCUGUCUGUCCAUUCCUCUCCCAGCGCAGGGGAAGUGGCAGGCGCCUGCUGGAAGUGCCUCACAGGAACACCCGCAUCCGCCAGAGAAAGGAGAACCAAAGGCUGCUCUUACUCACGGGUGUCCUUACCGGAACGGCGGCUGGAUUCCAGCUCACAAAAUAAACGUGUUUUGAGAAACAGUGAUUGCUGUUGCCUGGCAUUAACAAUAGGGUCCGCUCCUCCCCCAGGUGGCAAUGUGUGCUCUGUGUGGGAGGGCAGCAGAUCCCAGCCCAGCCCUGGCACAGGUUUCUCAGCCCCUUUCCCCUGUCCUUUUCCUCAUCUUCCUCUGGAGCAUUGUGUUUGCUCUGCUUUGGCUGCAUCCUGCAUGGGGAGCACAGUGGGGUCCUCGUCCUCGGGUCAGUCCUUCCUUGCUUUCCGUGGGGUUUGAACUGUGCCAGCGGAGCCUGGACAGGCCCUGGUGCACAGGAUGCUGCUGUGGCCUCAGCUCCAGCCCUUGUGUCCCCAGCACUGGGGUAUGGCCCUGGCACCAGUGCCUGCACACAGGGCUAUGCUGGAUGCUGGUGGAAGGAGCUUCCAUGGGGAUGGCCAGGGCUUGGUGCUGCCUCCUUUCUCUUUCAGAAACAGAACCUACAAUUCCCACACCGAAUGUCACAUCUUUAUCCCCACUAGAACCUGCUGGUUCCGUGCAGGUAGCAGUAAGGUAGCUGCAGCCUAGGCUGUGCCCCACUCCCAUUCUGUAGGGAGGGAUGUGGGGAGCUGAGGGCUCUCUUGGGCUCUGCAGUGGCAACUCCAGGGAGCUGAGGUCUGCCCACAUUCUGGGGCCCUGGGAGUGGAGGUCGUCUGGGGCCGGAAAGGACACUCAGCUCUCCGGGAAGGGGAGAGGGCAGAGGUAAAAAUAACCCCUGGGCUGGCUCUGGUCCCUGUGGCUUCCUGCAAUUUACAGCCCUUCCCUGGGGAAGGGGAGGCAGGAACCUGCCUGGAUCCGAUCUCACUUUGACCCUUUCACCACUGACAGAAGGUACUAGGAGGACCUUGCUUUGCUCCAUUCCUGUGGGCUCGGGCAGGACCCUGGGGAAGAGGAUUGCAGUGCCAGGUACUCACUGCCCUGUUCCUGAUGCACCCAGUGUGUGUGGGGUCGGACACAGCAGGCUCCACUGUGGGGAGGCAGACGCUGCUGCUAUGGCCUCAAGGGUCAGAGGGAUGGAGGGGAGCCUGUCCCAGAGCCACAAUCCCACCUGCAAUCCCAUACAAAGAGCUGGGAGAUGGAGCCUGUGGCUGUGGAAGGAGAAGGGUUAAUGCUGGCAGUGGAGGAGUCUGGGGCGUAAAGGCUGCAGGGACUGGGGGCUUGAUGCUGGCAACAUGCUGGCAGAGAGCAGGAUGCACUGAUGGGGCUGGGCUGGCAGGGGUUAAUGGGGUGGCUCUUCCUCCCCCUUUAUAUGAGGCUCCUGCGGCUCUGGGCUCAGUUUGCUGCUGGCUGCCGGAGGGAACAGGAGCAGAGGAGACCGACCAGCACCCUGCGCAGGCCCAGGACUGUGGCUGAGUGCAGAAGCUGAGCACAGCUUUGGGGUCCCCGUCCCACACAGGGCUGGCUGGAGGGAGAUGGUCCCACUCGGCAGCACCCCCCGAGCCGUCUGCACCUCUGGCCGCGGUGUCUCCCCACUGCGUUUGCUGAACCGGGGCCCCGAGUACCUGCGGGAGCAAGUGGCAGGGGGCAGUGGGGGCCGCACACCCAGUGCCGUGGAGCGGCUGGAAGCAGACAAAGUGAAGUACGUCAAAUCGCAGCAGGUCAUCAACAGCCGGCAGGAGCCGGCCCUGCGAGGCUGCUCGCCCUGCUGCUCGCCCCGUGGCCGACGCCUGCUCGCCCUGCAGCAGUGCCACGAGCACUGCCAGAGCUCGGACCUGAGCCGCGAUGGCAGCCGCAAGGUGCCAUGUUCCCCAUCCCCUGUGCCGCGGAGGGGAGGCGGCGGCCGGCGCCUGCUGAGACCCGACUCACUCAUCAUUUACCGGCAGAAGCGGGACUGCCCAGUGAUCAACAAGGAGAACACCAAGGGCUAUGGGCUGGUGCGACGCCUCUUCCAGGGGCCGCUCAGGGACAAGCCCCCCAGCUCUCCCCCGGCCCAGGGGUCAGAUAAAGCCCCAGAGAGCCCCAUGCUGUGGGUGUCCAUGGAGCAAGAGGAAGAUGUGCGGACGCCGGGUGCCAGCAGCAGCACUGUCCCGAUGCCUGACAGCCCCAUGCCGCAGCCCCCCCAAGCCCCCAGCCUAGCCCAGCCCCCCACCUCCCCUGGCCCCAGCAAACCAGCACUGGGCCUGCGCGUGUCCCUGCCGCUCUCGGAGAAGGAGCGGUUCUUCAACUACUGUGGGCUGGACCGGGCCAUGGUGGAAGGGCUGGGGAAGGAGCGGUUUUUGCCAGCGGGAUGGGACACGGCCUCGGCACGGUUCCAUGGCUCCUGCGAGUGGGAGCCCAGCCAGGCCUCAGGGUGCAGUGGGGAGGACGCGGGGCCAGGUGAGGAGGAGCCGGACAUGCGGCUCUGCUCCGCCAUUUCCGUGGUGGAGCGCAAUGCCCGUGUCAUCAAAUGGCUCUAUGGCUGCCAGCGAGCUUGGGCGGCCGCCAAGGAAUCCACAGUCUGAAAGGAAGCGCCCUGGCCAGCCAUAUGUGUCUAGGUGGAUGAUAUGGCACCUUGCUUUUGCUGGAUAUGGCCUGGGGACUACCAGCAUCCUGUCACUAUGGUGCUGCUUGCAGGCCAGCAGGGACACGUCUACCCUGAGCAGAGACAAGGUCUACCCACAGAAGGGACAAGUGGUCCACCCCUUGGCUACGCAGCCCGCAGACAGAUAGCUGCUUUUUGAGGUGUGGGUGCAUGGCUGUGUGGUGGGGUGCCCGGGGACCUCCCCUGGGUGAGUCCAGCCUCAGCCAUGGUGGUUGCCAGGCUGCUGUUCCUUGCUGGGUCCCUACCUCUUAGUCUUCCAUGUUCCUGCUGUGGUCUAGGACAGCAGCCUUCUCUCCAUCAGCCUCAACGGGAAAGGGGCUUCUGGGAUGGGAGCAGGCCUCAAUAAAUCUGUGGUUUUCUUUUA